UCGGUGCGCGGCGGCCGGGAAGGCUCCUCCCGCAGUCGCUCGGAACUGCGGACCCGAGAGCUUCCCGCGGAGGGCCGUCGGUGGGAGCGGAGUGGGUCGGGCGGGGCCGAGCCGGGCCGUGGGCCGUGUGGGGGCCAGGCCGGGCCGGCGGACGGCAGGAUGGGCUGCACCGUGAGCGCCGAGGACAAGGCGGCCGCCGAGCGCUCCAAGAUGAUUGACAAGAACCUGAGGGAGGACGGCGAGAAGGCGGCGCGGGAGGUGAAGUUGCUGCUGUUAGGUGCUGGGGAAUCGGGGAAGAGUACCAUCGUCAAGCAGAUGAAGAUCAUCCAUGAAGAUGGCUAUUCAGAGGAAGAGUGCCGGCAGUAUCGUGCGGUUGUCUACAGCAACACCAUUCAGUCCAUCAUGGCCAUCGUCAAGGCCAUGGGCAACCUGCAGAUUGACUUUGCCGACCCCCAGCGUGCGGAUGAUGCCAGGCAGCUGUUUGCACUGUCCUGUGCUGCUGAGGAACAAGGUAUGCUUCCUGAAGAUCUGUCUGGUGUCAUUCGGAGGCUCUGGGCUGAUCAUGGUGUGCAAGCCUGCUUUGGUCGCUCACGGGAAUACCAGCUCAAUGACUCAGCCGCUUAUUACCUGAAUGACCUGGAGCGCAUUGCACAGAGUGAUUACAUCCCUACACAGCAGGAUGUGCUUCGGACCCGUGUGAAAACCACGGGCAUUGUGGAAACACACUUCACCUUCAAGGACUUACACUUCAAGAUGUUUGAUGUGGGUGGCCAGCGAUCCGAGCGGAAGAAGUGGAUCCACUGCUUUGAGGGGGUCACAGCCAUCAUCUUCUGUGUCGCCUUGAGCGCCUAUGACCUGGUGCUGGCUGAGGAUGAGGAGAUGAACCGCAUGCAUGAGAGCAUGAAGCUGUUCGACAGCAUUUGUAACAACAAGUGGUUCACAGACACCUCCAUCAUCCUCUUCCUCAACAAGAAGGACCUGUUUGAGGAGAAGAUUACACAGAGUCCUCUGACCAUCUGCUUCCCGGAGUACACAGGGGCCAACAAGUAUGAUGAGGCAGCCAGCUAUAUCCAGAGCAAGUUCGAGGACCUGAAUAAACGCAAAGACACCAAGGAGAUAUACACGCACUUCACGUGCGCCACGGACACCAAGAACGUGCAGUUUGUGUUUGAUGCCGUCACUGAUGUCAUCAUUAAGAACAACCUGAAGGACUGUGGCCUCUUCUGAGGGGCAGCAGACCUGGCAGGAUGGGCCACCGCCGACUCUGCUCCCUACUACCCUUGAGGAAGAUGGGGACAAGAAGACCAUGCUCCCUGCCUGUCCCCCAGCUGCUUCGCCCAUCUUUUCUCUCUGUUCUCAGCUCCCCUGUCCCCUCCCUUGGCUCUAGACUUGGGGGAGGGUUUGCCACAGGCCUCCUUGGUUGAAGCCCACCCUCGGCUGAGGUGCCGGGAGUGGCCAUGGUACACCCUUCCUGGGCAUCUGUUCUGGUUUUUUCCAACUGUUGUCUGCUCUGGGGUGAGAGGGGAGCGCAUGCAGAGUUUCCCAAGGCCUGUGUCUGGA